AUGAGAUUUAUCUAUAUUGCAAUUCUGCUGGCAUGGCUCUCAAAAUUUGCCGGGGCAUGGCCUCCAGGCUCAUUGGUCGAGAGUGACUACAACGGGUGGAACAAAAUUAACAGGUUUUUUGUUUUCGGCGAUUCUUACUCAAGAAUUGGCUUUAAAUCCACAGGAGUCCAGCCAUCGGACUCAAACCCCUUCGGCAACACUGGCACCACAAGUGCUAAUGGAAGAAAUUGGGUUGAAUAUCUUACGGACACGUAUAACAAGAACAACACAUGGACUUAUGACUUUGCCCAGAGUGGCGCUACUAUUGACGUGGACGUCCAGGCAUCUGCGCAGCUCGUAGAUGUCGACGGUCAGAUUGCAGACCAAUUUCUACCAAUAUACGCCAGCCAAUCCGGCUUUUACACGGGUCCUUCAAGUUUAUUUGGCAUCUGGAUCGGCAUAAACGACAUCUACAACUCAUUCCUGUUGCAAGACUCAACCAAAAACGCUGCAUUAAUCGCUCGCUUGCGCGAAUUAGUAGUCGAAUUAUACGAUGCUGGUGCGAGGAAUUUCAUCUUCCUAAACAUGCCUCCUCUUGAAAGAGCCCCCAAAGUCACGGGUUCCAGCGCCGCCGCAAUACGAAUUCCUAUCAUGAAAACCACCGUUGGAGACUACAAUGCCAGACUAUGGAAACUUGCGAGAUCCGUAAAUCAUGAUCUCGGUUAUACGACGGUGUUCUAUUACGACGUUAACACACUAUUCAACUCUAUUAUAGACGAUCCAAGUCAGUUUGUUGAAACAUCUAUCUACAAAGAUACAACCUCGUUCUGCAGUGCGUAUAAAAACGGCACCCCGGGUUGGAAUACCAAAUAUGACGAGUGCGAAUAUGCGGCGAACGAAUACCUUUGGACCAACAAUUUUCAUCCUAGUCAACCGGCUCAUCAGUUGCUUGCAAAGGAGAUCGGGGAUAUGUUAACUAGAGGGGCUUCAGUUUGA